AUCUAUGCCCGCACACGCACAACAUUAUGCACCACACAUACAAUCAAAAGAUGCUAAUAAAAUGGAAUGGUUCGUGGACUACGCUCUAUACUGUUUACCUUGUUGGGUGAAGAAUAGAAACUGGCUGCUGGGAGGAUCGUGUCCUUGAUAUUUACUAAACAGCUAAUGCCGGAGAGCCUUUUAGGUUGUUUACCCUUGUCAGUCAUUACCAUAUUGCCAUUUUAUUGCUCGCAGAAAAGCGCCUUUUCCGUGAAUCUACACGCUCAUUCGCAUUCGUGUCUUUGUUUUUGCUUGACACGGUGCCGUGCACGGCCCACUCACAAACAAGCGCCGAUACCAUCGGAGGGUACAGCUCCGCAUGGUGAGAGACACGUACCACUACCGCCGAAGCACGCUAGUCUACUUGACCAUCGGGUAUACCAUUCCUUUCAUUUCCUUUGGUGCUGUAUGUUUUGUUAUGUCAUAGUAGGCAACCCACAAGUUGACUCGCAAUCCGUUAUCCGGGCCAAUGAGAAUUCACGGGGAUUUGAAGUCCCGAACGAGAAAAAAUGUCUAUAUAAAGCGAGCAAUUUCGCCUUUCUUUUUUCUCUUCUCUUCAGUUCGUUUUGGUACAGCUUUGAUCUGUAGUACAGAUGCACUGUUUAGUGCCCUGAUCGGGUCAUAUGCUUGUGCUGGGGAUUGUCAAGAGGAUUCUGAGGAUUGGCUGGAUUCAGUGGUCCGCCCGGAGGAAAUCUUUUGCAAUGUACCAGUGGGAAUGUGGACACGUACCUUCGGGUAUGUGGUGGGAUAAUUAAAACGAACUUUUUAUUUUUUAUUAAACACAAAUAAACAAAAUGAUAAACAAAAUAAAACA